AUGGAGAGAACUAUUUCUGAUGUUAGGAAUAAAAUGAAAACCUUAAGACAAGCUGCUGAAUAUUAUUGUAUACCAAAAUCCACCUUGCAUGUUAAACUCAAAGGCAAAUCGGCAUUUCAACGAGGUGGACAAAAUGCUCUUAGUGCACAAGAAGAUAAAAGGCCCAAGGAAUCAAAAAAAUUUGUGAAUGGGGGUUUCUAG